AUGACAAGGCAAUUAAAAUUAUCUGGGCUUUACAACGACAAUAGCAGUCAGUAUAAGACGGAAGGCUUGCUCAAGCUUUUCGGCUUGAAGAAUAUGGAGCUUUUGCUCUCGGAGGCUUCCGGUUAUUUUGGCAAUGAUGACAAAUCUCUUGUCAAUGAAUUUGACUAUGCUUUGAUUGGCCAAUUCAAGAAAGCCAAAAUAUUUUUCUUGGAUGCAGCAGCCUCAAAGGAUGCCACCUUCACAUCUGAAGCUUAUGUUAUCAAGAGAAUGGCUUGUUCGAUUUCUGGAGAGAAUGAUCUUUGUUGAUCAACCCAUAUUUCGAAGACAGAUAAGACUUUGUCCCAGACUUAGUUAAGUUCUGCUUGGACACCAACAUAGUACGCCAUCUUUGAUCUUGAUAUAUACAAAAAAUGCUUACGAUAUUGAUCCAAAUUGAGAUUGUCGGAGAAGUCUGCUCAGGACAUCUCCGCUGUACAGAAAGAGCACCUUCAAAAUAAAGCCAAAUACAGUUACUCUGUUGAAUCUCCUGCCCUUUUAAGUAAUGUAUUCAAUCCUGUCAUAUUGAAGCUGGCAAAGGAAUAAGACAGUCCCGGAAUGAUUGAACUGGGGCCCAUCUACUCACCUC